CGGCAACAAUUCAAUUCAGGCCAUGUCUUCGGCUGAUCCGUUGAUCGUUUUGAAGUCCCGGCCAGAUGUGCAUGCUCUGACAGAGGCGCUUGCUGAGCACUCCGCCUCGCACCGUCCGUCCUCCACACCGGACCCCAGGGCAGCUCAGUUCACACAGGCACUUCUGGCGGAAAUCGUGCCGAUACAUUGGGAGGUAGCAGACGACAAAACGAGAAAAGAACUGAUAUGUGCUCUUGCGACGAUUAAUGGCCUUGGAGGAUGUCUUACACGGCUCGACGGACUUCUCAAAGCCAGGGAGUGGAGCCAAUGUUCGCAAGUUCUCCAGAUCCUAUCCGGCGUGUUCGAUUCCUUUCCGGUCUGGAGAUACGCAGAGGCUGAUAAAGGCCUCUGGCGCGAAUACAUCGCACUGACAGCUGGUGGACGCAUAUUGGGCAAAUGUGCAGAAGUGUUACAGGCAAUGCCAGACGCGGAGGAGGGAGUCAAGUGGCUGGGUGAAGGCAAGGCUUGGGCUUGUUGGCUUGGCUCAGGCAUUGCGGAGGGUACAAUCAAGAAUGAGUUGGGCCCUAGCCAAGCUGCUGGUCUACUGAACAAGGCUUUGGGAUUGGGGUACACUUUCGAGCUCAUGGAUGUGCUCGUCCCAGCGCUCAUACCAACGAACGUCACACAAUUAUGCGACUUACAUGCUGCAUUACUCCUCACAGCUCGGCAUAAUCACCUUCACGCCUUAUGUUCAUGGCUGUCGAGGAAAUAUCUGUCGGGUUCAUCGCCGCCUUUGGGUGCAGCAGCGGCUCUUCUAUCAGCGGUGGUAUCACGAAACGAGCUGGAAGCAUAUAUUCUGUCACCGUCAACCACUCAAUCGCUGCCAUUGACCAGGGCAGCACUUAUCGCCCUCCAUUCGCAAUCACCACUAAACCUCACGUUCCUCAACAAGAUUCUUAUUCGAUUUUCGGACGUGACGUAUAUCGCACACGCACCCACAGUCGCGCAGGAAGCCCUCACACAAUUACUGCUUCCAACUUUAGGACGUUUCGAUCUACCGCUAAAGGACUCAGAAGCUCAGCGAUUAUGGAUGGAGAGCACCAGUAAUCGCUUAACCUCCAUUGGAAGGAGAAGGUGGUUGGGUAUGGUGGUUGGUGAGGCAGUUGACAAGUCAUUGAAGUUCGGUGUGGACGAGAUGAAGACUGAGGAAGCACAGGCAUGGAAAGCUCUCGUUGAUGUAGGACGUCAGGAUGGUGCCAUGCUGGGACAAAUCGAGGCGCUCACACGGCCGGAAGAAACGAAGGCGGAGAAGAUGGAGGCAAAGAAGAAGAAGGAAGUCAGCUUCCUCGAUGCCAUCUCCCGAGACCCGGAGCCAGCCACUCCGCAAGUUGUUGAUUCAGAUGACGAAGAGGAGGACUUCCCGGUCUAUGAGCUACCAGAUUCAGAUGAUCCCGACUCAGACGACGACCCUACUCUCAUCAACAGGGAGAAACACAAGAUCACACCACCAGUCUACAUCAGGAACCUGCUCGUGACACUGAGAGCUAGUGAACCUAAGUACGACGUCGUGAAGCUGGCUCUAAAGCACGCGGAGGGCUUGGUCAGGAGACACACCAGCUUCGGAACGGAGCUGGACCUAUACGGAAUUGAACUCGCCAAUACCCUGGCUGGGAUGAACGACGAGUUCGACAUGCCAGACUUCGUUGACAUGAAACAGCGCGCACUCGUUGCUCUCGUAGUCGGAAGACCAAAGCUCAUCGGACCAUGGGCUGCAGAAGGAGUAUGUAGUGGUAAAUGGAGUCUUGGACAGCGGAUGGCCGUACUUGCUGCAGUCUCUUCAGCUGCGGUCGAACUCUCGGGUCAGGAUCUCGGACAACAGAAGAAGGUCGAGGGUGCGGUAAUCGCGAGCAAACUGUUGCCAAAGCAUCUGCAUGCGAUAUACGCCGACGACUCCACAACUGAAAUCGACCGUCUGACAAGGGGUAUCGAGGAAGCCAGCUUGAAACCCUUAGCUGCAGAAGCAGUAGACGCACUCUCCGGUCCUGAGGCACUUAAGGUCGGACAGACCAGACGGUUCUCACGCCGUCCGGAAGUCCAGGCAAGACAGAAGAAACCAGAGGUCAACACUCUUGCUCGGAUCGCCGGGAAAGGAUACUUCUUCCCGCUGGCCGGUGGAUGGUGGAUGAUGAUGCGUGGUGAAGGAGUCCGGGAACCCUUGUUCGCUGCACAAGUUGUCAAAACGCUCGGUAUUGUGCUAAGAUGUUCUGCGCCUAGUGCGUGUGACUUGCGAGAGAUGACAAGUGAGCUAUGGGGUAUUGUCUUCGGACUUCGCGCCAAAGCAAAUGGUGACAAUACGUUGACUGAGGCGCUACUCUUCGCACUGCUAGUCAUCUUUGAGGUCCAUGAGCCGAGGCGCUUAGCAGAAGGCUGGGCAAAGGAAGUGAUGGAAACAAGGGAAUGGGUUGGAGGUGUCUUUGAGCAUAUGAUAGAUGAAGGCAGAACCAAGAUGCUUGCAGCGGGUAUCUUGCUCAAGAUCAAUGAGGUUGCGGAGAAGUUCGAGGUGUUGCUCAUGGGAGGUAUGCUAAGUUUUGGAGAAGGAGGGAGACAGGAAGGGUUGGGAUUGAAGAUGGGCAACUUGGCGAUCGGCUUGCCAAGGCGGUGAUGAGAUAUAGCAUGAAGAUACCCAUGAUACAGUAGAAUGCGAUCCUUGUUACUGAG